AGCCGGAGACGACCCAGCGGAGGACGCGGGGGCCGGGUCGCUGCCGCUGUCGCCGCCACGGGGCGCUCCCUCCCUUCCACCCGAGUCCGGCCACCUGGUCUUCUUCCUCUCGGCCCCGGCCGCCGCAGACUGGACAAAAUGAAACCGGGAGGCUUCUGGCCACAUCUUGCCCUCCUCGGGGUCUCCCUGCCAGCCGUGCUGGGAUGGAUGGACCAUGGAGCCAGCAGAAGCCCGAAUGUGGUUCUGGGAGAGUCACAGGCAGAGGAAACUAGAGGCUUUGAAGUCACAAGAAGAGAAGGUCUUCCCAGCCCUGGGCUGUCAGCCUCCUGCGGGAAGAAACUCUGCAGCCACGGGAGCAGGUGCUUGCUUGACAGGGCGACAGGGCAGCCCUCGUGCCACUGUGUGGAGGUCUGCAGGCCCCGCUACAUGCCUGUGUGUGGCUCCGAUGGGAGGCUCUACGGGAACCACUGUGAGCUUCGCCGUGCAGCCUGCCUGCUGGGCAAGCGGAUUGUCAGCGUGCACAGCAAGGACUGCUUCCUCAAAGGUGACAUGUGCAGCAUGGCUGGCUAUGCUCGUCUCAAAAACGUCCUUCUGGCACUCCAGAGCCGCAGACAGCCGCUCCAGCAGGGAACCAAGAGGCAGAACCUCGCCUCCCAGAAGCGCCUCUUGGUGGAGUCACUGUUUAAGGAGUUGGAUACUGACGGCAACGGGCACCUCAGCAGCUUGGAGCUGGCUCAGUAUGUGCUAAAGGAACAGGACCUGGACGGUUCCCUGAAGGGAUGCUCACCAGGUGAUCUCCUGCAAUUCGAUGACUACAACAGCGACGGCGCCUUGACCCUCGGGGAGUUCUACACGGCCUUCCAAGUGAUUCAGCUGAGCCUCGCCCCUGAGGACAAGGUCAGUGUGACCACAGUGACCGUGGGGCUGAGCACAGUGCUGACCUGUGCUAUUCGUGGAGACCUGAGGCCACCGAUCAUCUGGAAGCGCAAUGGGCUCACUCUGAGCUUCCUGGGCCUGGAAGACAUCAAUGACUUCGGAGAGGAUGAGUCCCUGUAUAUCACCAAGGUGACCACAAUCCACAUGGGCAACUACACCUGCCACGCGCUGGGCCACGAGCAUCUGUUCCAGACCCACGUCCUGCAGGUGAAUGUGCCACCAGUCAUCCGUGUUUAUCCAGAGACACAGGCACAAGAGCCUGGAGUGGCAGCCAGCCUGCGAUGCCAUGCUGAGGGCAUUCCCAUGCCCAGAAUCAUUUGGCUGAAAAAUGGAAUGGAUGUCUCAGCCCAGAUGUCCAAACAACUCUCCCUCUUGGCCAAUGGCAGUGAACUCCACAUUGGCAGCGUUCGCUAUGAAGACACAGGGGCCUAUACCUGCAUUGCCAAGAACGAAGUGGGCGUGGAUGAAGAUAUCUCCUCCCUUUUCAUUGAGGACUCGGCUAGGAAGACCUUAGCAAACAUCUUGUGGCGGGAAGAAGGCCUCAGCGUGGGAAACAUGUUCUAUGUCUUCUCUGACGAUGGCAUCGUUGGCAUCCACCCUGUGGAUUGUGAGGUCCAAAGACGCCUGAAGCCCACGGAGAAGAUCUUCAUGAGUUAUGAAGAAAUCUGUCCUCAUGGGGAAGGAGAUGCCGGCCAGCCUUGCCAGUGGGCAUCUGCAGUCAAUGUCAGGAACCGGUACAUCUACGUGGCCCAGCCAGCACUGAACAGAGUCCUUGUGCUCGAUGUUCAAGCCCAGAAAGUCUUACAGUCCAUAGGUGUGGACCCUCUGCCAGCCAAGCUGUCCUAUGACAAGUCGCAUGACCAAGUGUGGGUCCUGAGCUGGGGGGACGUGCACAAGUCCCAACCAAGCCUGCAGGUCAUCACCGAAGCCAGUGCUGGCCAGGGCCAGCACCUGAUCCGAACACCGUUUGCAGGAGUGGAUGACUUCUUUAUACCCCCAACAAAUCUCAUCAUCAACCACAUCAGGUUUGGGUUCAUCUUCAACAAGUCUGACUCUGCUGUCCACAAAGUUGACCUGGAGACUCUGAUGCCCCUCAAGACUAUCAGCCUGAAGCCCCAUGGCUGCAUGCCUCAAGCCAUGGCGCACACCCACCUGGGCGGCUACUUCUUCGUGCAAUGCCGGCAGGACAUCCCCACCUCCGCCGGGACACAGCUGCUCAUUGACAGUGUCACAGACUCGGUGCUGGGCCCUAACACUGACAUCACAGGCACCCCCCAUGUGUCCCCUGACGGACGCUUCAUCGUCAGUGUCUCCAACAAGGGCCCCUGGCUGCACGUGCAGGAGGUCACAGUCCGGGGGGAAAUCCAGACCCUAUAUGACCUAAAAAUAAACCCGGGCAUCUCAGACCUGGCAUUUCAGCAUUCCUUCACUGAAGGCAAUCAGUUCAACGCCUAUGCCACUCUCGACAAGGAGCCAGACCUGCUGUUCCUCGAGCUGUCCACCGGGAAAAUGGGCAGGCUGAAGAACUUAAAGGAGCCCCCCACGGGGCCAGCCCCACCCUGGGGUGGACCCCGCAGAAUCCUGAGGGACAGCGGGCUCUUUGGACAGUACCUCCUCACGCCGGCUCAAGAGUCGCUGUUCCUGAUCAACGGGAGACAAAAUGCCCUGAGAUGCGAGGUGUCGGGCACAAAGGGUGUGGCCACAGUCGUGUGGGUCGGGGAGGUAUGAAAGGGUCCAGUCAGGAACCUUGGGUCCAGGAGUACCACCUUAGUCCUGACACCACAGCCCCAACCAGGCGCACUGUACAUUUUCACAGACAAAAAAAGCCAAACCCUGUACUUCGCUUUGUGGUUCAACACUGAUCUCCUUGCAAGUUCCCUAGGAUAAGGUAUGCGCUGCAACCAAGAUCGGGGGGUUUCCAUUCAGAAGUAUGAUUUAAUGCCUUGAGCUGUGAUGAGAACACAUGCUGCUGUGUGCAAGGAAAUCACCUCUGUUCCUGGCUGGACACUACGUCGCCUGGGGACACCACAGAACCGAGGGAUCCUGCUGCCCAGGCUGACGCUUCCGUCGGUUGCCUUCACAUAGUCAUUAUCCUCACCCGCCAGCCCCAGCCAGUGCCCUGAAGGAGUGGCCUGGGCAGUGGGGUUGAGCAUGGCUGUCCCUCUUAGCGGGCUGGCCUUCUACCCCUGGCUGGGGACUUCACUUGCCCCAUCCCGGAUGCUGCUUGCUUGCUUUUCCAGCUGAGUGCUAUACCCCUGCGGGAGAGCCUCUGAGACUUACUACACCUUGGGGAAUGGGGAAAUCACUUGCUUUAUUUUGGAAUUUUUUGAUUAAAACUAAUUUUUUUAUAAUCUCAGAUGCGAGGAUGCAGAGAGAUGCUCUCCAAGGCCCGGUUAUAUUCUUCCCUGCCUUAGGCCAAGUCUCUGAGGGGAGAGGGUCCCAACAGUACAUCCCAUGUGCAGAAAAAAAUAGACAUCCAAGAAAUAGUGGCCCCCCACACCAUAGUGUGGGCCCAAGUGCAGCCCAUAACUACCGUGUUAAAAUCCAUGCUGGGUCCCCAAGAGACCAAGCUGAGCCCUGUGUGCCUGCUCUUCACCAUAGAAAGGCAACACGUUAUUAAGGAAGCUAAUGUGCCAGCCUAAGUACAGACCCAGGGCAGACCAGGCUUUCCUGGUAAGGCGUAGGCAGCCUCUGAGCACAAUGCCAAAAUCCAGAAGCCAUGAGUGCCAUCCAUCCAGAGUUCUAAGGCUGUAUUUCUGCAGGAGCGGUCGGCACUGAUGCCUCAGCUCCUGUCACCACACCUCAAGAGAGCCCCCCUUUCCCUAAGUGUUUUCAUUCCCACACUCCAAUCUACACACUCUCCAACGUGCAGGACCACAAAGGGCUGUGUCAGCCCCUCCUGUCUGCCUGUGGUAGGCUCCCAGGCCAUCAGGAAGAGGCACGACCCAGCCCUAUGGGGACCAACUGUGUCAGAGACUCUCAGCAAGAAAGAGACCCCCCACCUAGGUUUCUCAGAACACUCCUGUCCUCUCCCAUGUCUGUGGCCAAAACUUACCAGCUUUCUAGUUCGAAUGAUUGAUUAUUCUGCAAACCCACGGCAUUGAGACAGUGGGAAUAACCCAGACAUUUCAGCUAACUUAGCCCCUUUUACCUACCAACAAUGGCCAUGACUUUGAAAACACAGACUGCACCUCCCUCCAGCUUCCUGCAUGCGUGUGCAACCCCCAUUGCUCACUCCAGUUUCCUGCCUCGUAGGCCACUAAACAACUGUCCCUUACAGUCCAAGGCUAUACAUGUGCUAUCAUGUUUCAGAUUUGGGUAAUGACAAGACACAUAGAAGUUGAGGAUGCUGACCUCACAGGCCUAAUGGCCAGCUUCACAAUGGGGUAGAUGGUGAUGCAUCUCUUACCCCUUUUUAUCCACCUCAGUAUCUUAAUAUGAUUCCAGAGUCCCAUGUUUUCACUAAAAUCUUCCAAUGUUCACACAUUUCUCCUUUUGGAACAAUAGUGUCUGCCUCAGACAGACGAAUCCCUGAGCCUCAAAGAGGCAGAGCAUCAUCUCCCCAAGCCCACCAAGGCAAGGGUACCCACACUCUUUGGAUGCAGUAUUCCAAAGUCAAAGGCAGAUCUAGUCCAACAAACAAGAAAAAAGCAGGUGUGCUACUUGACCACUGCCCCCCCCCCCAUUUCUGCACACUCCUGGAAGUCACUCCCAGAUUUCUCUUUUCUUCUGGUCGAGUUACUGGAGACAGCGUAUGUCCAGUGACCUGCAUGUAAGACAUAAAGCAAAAACUCAGAAGAAACUUGAAGUCCAGAUGUCAAUAACUCAGCCCAGGAUGCGUCACAAAAGUGGAAUGGCUUCCUGGCGAGAACACCAGUAGAAAGCAGAGGACCACGGGGAAAUCAUUCCUGGCUUCCCGGUCUCUUCACUUUGGGGCCAGAAGAGAGAGACUCGUGAGUCAAGUUUAAAACCCACUGGCAGAAGAUGUCAGCACCACCCACGAGUGGGUCUCCUGCAACAAGCCCAGCCUGUGGGGGUUGGUCUGAACACAAAGAUUGACAACUAACAGUUUACCAGGGAAAGAUUGGUUUAACCAAGGAAAUCACCAGGAAAGCUAUUUAUAUAAUAAACUCCACCCGUAAUUCUUAACAUUCAGCUGAUGAUGCAAACAUUCAACUGUUCUUUUCUUUCCAGAAAACAAAUUCUGUGCACCUGUAGCUACAGGUUCUCCUUCUGCCCCAAAGUCCUCACUCUCAACAUGUUACCCAGCCACCCCAGAACGCAUGGAAGAGAACCUUCCUGCUUCAGACUGAGUGUGUGAUCCUCUUGUCCAAACAGGCCUGCGGGUGGACUAUCCCCAGUAUGGUUAAAGGGAUCUCUUCAGUCUUGUGUUCCCAAGUCACACAAACAUCCUGCUGCCUUCCUGAAUCACAGGAGGAGGCUGGAAAAGGCCUGAAGUCAUGGCUGGGAUCACAUACUAAUGCUAUGCUGCAGGUUCUCUGAGUGAGGUAGAGAGUGAGCAUCACCAACAGAGCUAUCUCCCCUCCACUGGCUCUCUGUCCAGGAAAGGGCUCCCAACUGAAGGGAAACCACCCAGGAGGACUGACUGCUCCCCCAAACAGAGCCAAGAGCAGCAGAAGCCUGCUGCCACAGAGCAUGGGAACUUCCAGUCUUCAUCCAGCGCAGCAGGAGUCGGCUCUGUACAGCUGCAUCUUUUCGUUCAUCCGAUGACCAAUAACCUGUGAACUAAGGGAGAUCUCAGAACUGAGAUGGGAAACAGAUUCGCUCUGGAUAUAUUUUUGUAUCACAGGCUAAAGUGUAGUUGCUUCAUUGUUUCAUGUGUUUCAUUCAGAUACCACUGAUGCUCGACCAUCUUCACUAACAAGCACCACAGCUGUCUCCCCAACCCUCUCUUCCAGAAGCAAGCCUCCUCGGAAAUCGUUGCCAUUCCCCUCCCUCCUGCACACCCACCAAUCUACCUCACAUCUUCCUCCCGGGCACCCCGCACCCCCAGAAUGCCACCCCAGGAGGCCAGAGAUGAUGGAAGACUACUGUAGUCCUGACUCGGAAGUCCUCCACCAGCCCCACCCCAGUCCCACCCCACAUAUGAUCAGAACCCGCGAAUAGCACCUUGCUGUCCAAAAUCACAACCCAAACCUAGUUCUCGGUCCUACCCAGUUAGAAGCCGAAGACUAGAGAAAGCACCAUCAGGGUGGUCAGGAAAAGGGACCCUCGUCCAGCAGGGAGAGAGCUGGUGGCAUUUAAUUUCAGCCCGGCCUCAUGCUAGGCAGUCCACCCUCUCCAUCAUUUCUCACUUCAUUCGCACUUUCUUCCUGGUUCCCUUCCGGUAUCCCAGGCCCCCUGCUCCCGAGUUCCCCCUUGAUGGCCCUCAUCCUUCAAGGAGCAACGACUCUCUGUCACACCAGCUUCGUGUGCCCUUUGCCCACCUGCUCCUUGCUUUGAGGGUUCAAAUGAGAAGUCACUCACAGACUAGAUGCUAUCAUUUGAUUAUUUGCUCCCAGGCCACCACAGAGGCAAUGUGGUUUUGUCCAGGACAAACAUUACUGUCUGGGUUUGGUUUCUCUCCAUGGCCACAAAGAUGAUAAAUAGGACACUUAGGAGAUCCAACAGGAGCAGGGAGCUCGGGGUGUGACCACAAGAUGCCCAGCGGCUGGUGGAAGCCAAGCCACUGCCUGCUUAUCGCACUGGCUUGAGGAUCUGGGGUGUCUUGGCUGGGCCCCUAGACUUGGGCAUCAACUCCCUAGCAAGUGCCUAGAGAUAAUAAGCGAGCAUCAUCUUAGGUCUUCACAUUCUCCUCUGGCUCUUUGGGCAUCUAGCUAGGAAGUGUCAUUGAACCCAACACAAUGGGUGAAAUUAUGGGCUAUGUAAGGGGAGAAGAAAUGGACUUCCAGAAUUCAUAGUGAGGCUUUUUUAGCUGGCACCAGUGCAUUUAGGGUGUUUUUGCUUUUUAGACAAAGUCACUGUUUAGGCACCUUUCUUUCCAAGCUCAACUUAGUGACCAUGAUACAGUCCAUUUCCCAGGGCUCACUCCCAUGACAGUUCCCACCAUUCAUGGAGCAUCAGCUUUCUACCAUACAGGCAUCAUAGGACCUCUGGCCAUGAUGCCUUGCUGCUUUAGUGUUCCAAUGAAAAGCCACUAGUGGCCUAGAAAACAUGGCCCUACCCUAGACAGCUCUAGAGAACCCUGCCUACAGCCCGCAAAGCCUUGUGUAUGGACUGGGCCCCUACACCAAGUCUUGGUGACCUGUUGCUCUCCACAGUUCACCUUCUGGAAAAAGGGAAGCCAGCAGUGGCUGGCUGUGAGGCCCAGGGACUCUCUAAACUCCAAGUCCUCAUCCACUGUCUAGCAUGCCGUCUCCAGAGAUGGGAGAGAAACAAGCUUGCAGGCGACCAGACCCAGACCCACUGUGCCCCCUGGUGGUAGCACCCCACAUCCACACCCUCCCUGCCUGCCUCCUCCGCCCUCCUCCCUCCCUGCCCUGGCUCCAGGGCUCCCCAUAUCCCCCAGUGCUGCUGCCCUGCUUCCUGAAGGCUGUGUGAAAUGACCCAAAGUGAAACUGGGCAUGAAGUUUUGCUGGAGUGGUCGCACACCAUGUCACGCUAUUGUGUUGCCGAAUGACCUUCGAGUUGUGGAACCCCCUACACACACCACCAAGAGAUCGUCACCCUUUCCCCGCCUCAGAAAAACCCUUGGAUCUCUUACAUUGAGGCAAGCUACAUUCUUUUGAGCAGUUGUGUGGACUCCGAAAUAUAUUUUCUGUAAUCAGUAUUUCUCAAAAGGCCGCCUGUAAUUAUUAUACACAUGUGAAUUUUUUCCUUAUUUAUAAGAUAUAUAUAAAUUAUUUUUAAUACAUCAACUUUAGUAGAAAUUUGUACCAACACAGUAACAGUAUGUGGCAUUUGAAAUAAGUUUGUGUUUAUUUUGAUGUAUGACACGGUAUUGAACACAUGAUGUAUUUACUGUACCACUUGACAAAAAAAAAAGAAAAAAAAGACUCACAGAUUAUCAUAAAGUAUGGUCAUUGUCAAUGCUCUUUUUCUGAGGAUUUUACAAUAAAACUUGAAAAAGAA